AUGUUGGCCACCACCACCCUCAUCUCCUGCAACUUCUCUGCUCUCCCAUUCCUUUCUCUCAAAACCCGCAACCCCAACUCCAGAAUCUCGUUUAUCAGAACCCCAAACCCUCCAAUUCUCAGUAAACCCAAACACCCAAUUUCCACAUUUCAGAAAAGGGGUGGCCUUCAAAUCUGUCAGAGCUCCUUCAACACUCAGAAUCCAGAAGACCCAGCUGCUGAAAAAGGAGCUAAAUUGGAGAGUGAGAACGGAGAUGGUGGGGAUGGAGGAGACUGGACCACAUCGGCUCUGCUUUUCGUGUUGUGGGUUGGACUCAUCUACUAUGUUUUCAACCUCACUCCUGACCAGACUCCGUCAAGGGAUGUGUAUUUCUUGAAAAAGCUGCUGAACUUGAAGGGAGAUGAUGGGUUCAGGAUGAAUGAUGUGCUUGUGUCUCUGUGGUACAUCAUGGGUUUGUGGCCCUUGGUGUAUAGCAUGCUACUGCUUCCAACCGGUAGAAGCUCAAAAGGCAAAGUCCCUGUCUGGCCAUUCCUGACAUUUUCAUUUUUCGGGGGCGUAUAUGCUCUUCUUCCUUACUUUGUCCUUUGGCGUCCACCACCACCUCCAGUUGAAGAAACCGAGCUCAGAAGAUGGCCAUUAAAUUUUCUCGAAUCCAAAAUAACUGCUGGGAUAUCGCUGGCUGCAGGACUAGGAAUUAUAAUUUAUGCAGGACUAGCUAGCGGGGACGACUGGAAGGAGUUUUACCAGUACUACAGGGAAAGCAAAUUUAUUCAUAUCACAAGCCUUGAUUUCACUCUGCUGUCUGCAUUCGCUCCUUUCUGGGUGUACAAUGAUAUGACUGCUCGAAAAUGGUAUGACAAAGGUUCUUGGCUUCUUCCCUUAUCACUGGUUCCAUUCUUGGGUCCUGCUUUGUAUCUUCUCCUCCGGCCAUCAUUGUCUGCAAUGCCUGUUUCACUGAGCCCAAGUUCAUCCGAGCAAAAAUGAACUUCGUAUUUACAGACCAGUGUGCAGCACAGUGAAGGAAUCAAGGCUCCCCAUUCCCAUUCCGAGAAGGGUGUGAUUGAAGUUGAUCAGGAAAAUUUUGAAAUCCCAUUGUUAAACUUGUAUCAAACACAGAUUUAGAGUGAACCAACUAGCAUUGAAAAACAAGCUUCAACGAGACGCAAUGGUACAAGCAUACAAAUAAGUCAUUUUAUGGGAAAGGAAGUACUUCAGUGUGACAAAUAUCAGUUUUCAGAGAAAUACUGAAGUAAAUAAAGGUGGCAAAACUCAUUAAGCCAUUA